ACACUGUCGUCUUCGUUCGCUGCAUCUGCACCGCGCAUCUCUUGAUCUGCUCUUGAUCUCGGCGCUCUCUCGCCCAGCCAACUGCAGCCAUGGCCACGCCCACGACGGCCGAGUUCGGCCACCCGCUGCGCAAGUUCAAGCUCGUGUUCCUCGGCGAGCAAUCAGUAGGCAAGACGUCUCUGAUCACGCGCUUCAUGUACGACACGUUCGACAACACCUACCAAGCCACGAUUGGCAUCGACUUCCUCAGCAAGACGAUGUACCUGGAGGACCGCACCGUUAGAUUGCAGCUGUGGGACACUGCUGGCCAGGAGCGCUUCCGGUCUCUGAUCCCCUCGUAUAUCCGCGACUCGUCCGUGGCCGUCGUGGUGUACGACAUCACGAACCGCGCCUCGUUCCAGAACACAUCCAAGUGGGUCGACGACGUGCGCGCCGAGCGCGGCAGCGACGUCAUCAUUGUGCUGGUCGGCAACAAGACGGACUUGAACGACAAGCGCCAAGUGACGACGGAGGAGGCGGAGAAGCGCGCACAGGAGUACAACGUCAUGUUCAUCGAGACGAGCGCAAAGGCAGGCCACAAUGUCAAGACGCUGUUCAAGAAGAUUGCGCAGGCGCUGCCGGGAAUGGACAAGGAUGCGGCAGGAGGCGCGGCGGGAGAGAACAAGAUGAUCGACGUCACCGCCGCACCGGCAAAUACGACGAUGGAGGACGGCAGCUCCUGCAAGUGCUGAGCGCGUCGCGGAUGGACACGCCUCUCUGCUGCGGAGCCGUGCCCCAAAUGUCGCGCGUCGCGCGCGCCUGACGAAGGAGGGGCUGGACUGGCUGUGAGGGGACAGGCGGCUAGGCAUGAGCGCGGAUGUGGGUGGCACGCUGCGCUGUCGAAGCGCGCAUUGCUAGAGCGCAAUGGUGCGCCACGUGUGCAGGGUUUUUUGGGGAGGAGGAG